CACGCUCUCUCCCACGCAGAGUCGCAGACACGACAAGCGAGCGAAAAGAGGUGGAGGAGUUGGGACUUGGGAGGCGCACCGAAAGCAGCACUUGCGGCGGCGGCGGCGGCGGCCUUGGCGGCGAUGGCGACGACGAUGACGGCGAAGCGAGGCCCAAGCGGCGGCGAGGUGCGCGGCGCCGGCGGCCGCGCGCGCGCCUGCCCCAUCCAGGGCGGAGAGGCCGACCACCCUUCCGCCGCCGCGCUCCGCGCCAGCCUCUCCACCAGGGAUCAGGAGAUUGAGGAAAUGCGGAGGCGGCUGCGGGAGUUGGAGAAGCUGGAGUUCGAGAUACCACCCGCUGCAUCGCAUGAAGAAGAAUCUGAAACAGCAGCAGCAGCAGCAACAGCUGAAACGGCAGAGGUGGAUGCCCGCUCCAUCUAUGUCGGGAAUGUUGACUAUGCUUGCUUGCCAGAGGAAGUUCAGCAGCAUUUUCAGUUUUGUGGAACUAUCAACAGAGUGACAAUCUUGACAGACAGUUUUGGUCAACCUAAAGGAUUUGCUUAUGUGGAGUUUGAUGAAGUUGAGGCUGUUCAGAAUGCUCUUCUUUUGAAUGAAACGGAACUUCAUGGUCGUCCUUUGAAGGUCUGUCCGAAAAGAACCAACAUUCCAGGAAUGAAGCAAUCUAGGGGAAGGCAUCCUUUCUAUCCAUCAUAUGGGAAGGUACCAAGGUUCAGGAGGUUCCUGGGGUACAGCUACAGCCCUUACUACUGAUCCUACUGGGCUGAUGUGAUUCGCUGAUCCAUUCAGUUUUCUAGACCUAGCAAAUCUCCCCCCAACAAAUCGUGGUAUAGAAGUAUAGUUCCAGCGUUGUGCAUCCCGAAUAGGCAGGAACCGGAAGACUCAGCUCUUACAUAGUUUCUUCAUUGCCGUACCUCCCUUGAAGUUCAAACUGUAAUAACAUCCUUCAACCUUAGAAAAUGACUCUUUUUUGCGCAUCCAUGAGUUUUUCUGCAAUUAUCUGAAAUCAACCGGAUUGGCAAGAACUGUACUUUUGUUCAGAGCCCUCUUUUGACCUGAAAGUUGCAACGGAUUAACUCUAGUUAUGUGAUGUCCAAAGUCCAAUA